CGAACACAUGACUCCCCGAGUCAACUCGGCCAGAAUGCCAGACUUUCAAGGCCAAGUCGUCCGUUUGACGGGUAAAGUGUUGCGUCUGAGUGACGCAUCGAACGAGGCGGUUCUGCAAGCCAGUGAUGGUGGAGAAGUACGGGUCGUCUUGUCGAAUCUGAACCCCACGUUGAUGACUGAUGCGUACGUGGAGGUGGUCGGCAAGGUUGCGGGGAACGAUGAGCUGAGGGCACUCGCAACGAUAGAUUUGGGCAACGAGCUCGAUAUGGGGCUUGUUAACUAUGUUGUUGAGAGGUAUCACGACCCAAGAUUUGCGAGUCUCGUUUAAACUGAAGCGUACAGCUUCGUGAGCGAAGAGCAAGUCUAGCUUUCUGCUAAUUUCUCACUCCGCGCAUGUCACGUAUCAUCACUCUACUGUAAUAUUGC